AUGAAGCUCGCCGCCGUCAUCUCUACCGUCCUUCUUGGCGCUGUCCCUGUUCUCGCAGCAUACCGUCCAGGCACUGGACCACCAGGCAAAUGGUUUCCAGGAGUGAGGGCGUGGUGCGAGGGGUUGCCCGACGGCGGUGGUGAUCCUAUCGGAGACGCAUGCAGGGGAGUGAAAAUCGACACGGUUCCUGGUGUGAAAGGAACCUGUUGCUUGAGGAACGAGCGGGACUCCAACUUCAUGAACUACCUCUGCAAUUCAUACGACGGAGGCACAAACGGUCACGUUUACCGCUCCGACAAUGGGCCCGGAUCUUGCUAG